AUGUCUGCUUCAUUACAGGAGAAAAAAUCUAUCCCGCGCUUUGCUAGCUUUAAACCCCCGACAGCUCCUCUGCCCGCGGUUCAGCGACCCGAUCGCGACAACACUGAAACAGAAGAGAAGAAGAGUUCCCGGCAUCGUUCGAGCCAUCAUUCUAGACAUAGAAGCCAUCGUGAUCGUUCGCGGUCGAAAGAACGGCGAAGAGAGCGAGAACGCCGAGACCAUCGUCAUGCCCGUCGAGAACCGGAACAUCGCCGUCGCGAGACCCCCAAGGAACCGAGGGAGUCCACCUCCGAAUAUCGAUCGUGGCCGAAAACCAAGGUGAAGGCGCCCGAGGAAGAUGUACCUGAUCUAUUCGUGAUUGAUCGCAAAGGCGACAAAUACAAUCUGAUAUAUGGUACUAUUCAUCGCUACAGCAUUCCCCUCUAUCAUCGCGUGGGUCGAGGGAGUGUACUGGGUCUCCCUCCGAAUUAUAAAAUCGACCGGGAUACCGCUGAAGGAGACGCGCUGGUCAUAAGAACAGACGCAUGGCGCUCCGAUGCGUCCAAAACGAAAUCCAAGCGCAUACUGGCGGGUCUCCAUAAGCAACGACCCAAGCUACUUCGAAUACGUCAAGCAUCUUCACCGAAUGAAAACGCGGAUGCCAGCGAAGACUUUCUACCUCUUAACGUUUCUGGCAGUCGACGACGACAAGCAAUUAUCGGCGAGAUCGAGUCAGACGAUGAGAAACACGCGUAUCGUUCAAUACACGGUAAAGCCAAACUGGAAGACGACAUCCCGAGCGACCUGGAGGCCGUCUCGGACAGCGGGUCGAGCGAUGACGAAGGGGUUCGCAUGGACCCAGAUCAGGAGAUCAAACAACAAAAUGUUGAACUGACAAGAGCCGUUGAGAAGAAUCCUGGUGAUGUCGGCACGUGGCUCCAGCUUAUCGAUCACCAGGAGACUCUUCUCCAGGGCGCUGGACGAGAAUCUAGCGCCUUGACGUAUGCCGAAAAGCAAAGCUUGGCCGAUAUCAAGCUUUCGCUGUAUGAAAAGGCGCUAAAAAGAUCCGGUCAAAAUCCUGCUCGUGAUCGUUUACUGCUGGGCAGGCUGGAAGAGGGCGCGAAAUUGUGGGAUACGAAGAAAUUGUCCGCACAGUGGCAGGCGGUAUUGAAGUCGAACGCUCACUUCGUCAGUCUCUGGAUUAAAUAUCUGGACUUUCGACAGACCGAAUUCCUUGAUUUCACCUAUGAACAAUGUCUAACCACCUUCUUGGAAUGUUUAAAGCUAAAUCGGUCGGCCCCAGAUAACCCUGGGAAAGCUCACGUCCAGAUCUACCUGUUCCUCCGGCUGACGGUCUUUAUUCGCGAGUCCGGGUUCACAGAACAUGCCGUUGGCCUCUGGCAAGCAAUUCUAGAGGCUGCCUUCUUUCGGCCUCAACAAAUAGACGCAGACUCACAGCGGAUAAUAUCGACAUUGAUGGAAUUCUGGGAGUCGGAGAGUGCUCGCAUUGGCGAGGUUGGGGCAAAAGGCUGGGCUAAUGGCGGUGGUGCUCCUGCGGCUCCCAGAGUCUUCAAGCCAGUUUCGCACGUCAAUCCAAAAGCGAUCUUCACAACAUGGGAAACUUGCGAAAGGGAGCGGAUUCUUAAUUCCCGGCUUCCCGGUCGCAGCUUAGAUGAAUCCGAUGAUGAUGACCCUUUCCGAAUUGUUCUCUCGUCGGACCUCCAAGAAAUCGUACCCUUAGUCUGGGACCUGAAUUCGGCUGAGGAAUUGGUCGACGCUUUUCUGUAUUUCUGCUGCCUCCCGCCCUUAACAUCUGCGAGAAAUCUGGAAACAACUGCCGGUUGGACUGGCGAUAGCUUCUUCCAGAAUUAUCUUGUGAAUAGUGCACAUUCCAGCCUUGACGACUGGCUUCCCAAAGACUCUGCCAAUACCCACCAACCAAUUCUCUUCCCUCACCAAAAGUUCAUCCACAAUGUCCAAACCCUGUUUGCCAGCGAGGGGACAUGGUUUGCGUCUUUGAAAUCGUGGGCUCAGGCGACGUUGCACUCGCGAUCCGAUAUCGAUCCCGACUGGGUUCGGCGUGUUCUGCGGUUGUUAGUUGAGGCAAUGCCGGGAAAUGAGCAUAUGGCGGAGUAUGCCGUUGCCGUAGAGUUCGCAUGCAGCAGCAAGGACGCCAAGAAGUAUGCAAAAUCCUUGCUCAAGAAACGGUCCUCCAGCUUGCGGCUCUAUAAUUGUUACGCUCUCAUCGAGCGACGCUCAGGCAACCUGGCGGUUGCCGACCACGUCUGGGCGACCUCUCUCUCCAUGAGCAAGACAUUCUCGGAGAAGGACAAGGCUCAGAGCGUUCUAUUAUGGCAUACAUGGAUAUGGGAGUUGCUAGAAGCUCGAAAUAUAGCUCACGCCUCUUACCUUCUACUGUCAAUGCCUGAGAACAGCGUUGACCUGAAGGCUUUCCCUGAUUCUUCCAGCCAACCCACCAUCAGUCCAACGAAUUUUCUCAAGAUACAGAGUUAUCUGUCGGGGACGCAAGAAACCGCCCUCGCCGCCGAGAAUGCCGACGUUUUCGCUGCCUGCACCGAUUGUCUGGCCAUACUACUCUACCUCACCCACUCGCUGAACCUCGUCAAAUCCCAAGAGGCAUACCUCAACGCCACCCACAGACUCAAUACAAUGCCGUCGCACACCGGCUCCUUCCGACCUUUCGCCAUCGAACUCCUCCACCAAUCGCGCGCACGACUCCUCUACCACCACGUUCGCACCAGCACCCUCUACAAACCCUCAUACAUCCGAACCCUCUUAACUGAGAGCAUCUCAAUAUUCCCACACAACACCAUGUUCCUCUCUCUCUUCGCCUGGAACGAAUCCCGCUUCCGAAUUGAAGAACGCGUCAGAGACACCAUGAGAGACAUCACGACUCAUCCCCGAGGCAGCGAAAGCGCAAACGCCAACAACCUGCUCACAACAACCCAAGUCCCCGUCACAUCACAUCUCUUCUCCAUAUACACCGAACUCAGCCGACCCGUCCACGCCGGCUCAACCAUCCACUCUGCGCGAGCGGCCUUUGAAAAAGCCAUCACCGGCCAAGACAAGACCUCGACCCAUCAACCCUCCACAUCCACCUCCAGCGCCCGGUCCAACCUCACCCUCUGGAAACUCUACAUCCUCUUCGAACUCUCGCACCACGACAUCCGCCGCGCCAAGGCCGUCUUUUACCGCGGUAUGCGCGCCUGUCCGUGGUCCAAGGAACUCAUGAUGUUAGCAUUCAGCCAUCUCCGCGCGGACGUCAUUCGAGAACGAUACUCCGAUAUAUCAUCAUCGCCAUCUUCCCAUCAAGACGAAGGAAUGGGUUUCGACGAGCUCCGCCGCGUGUACAAUGUCCUCGUGGAGAAGGAGUUGCGGAUCCACGUCGACAUCGGGGAUCUGUUGGAUGAAAUGGCGGCUAAGAUGCAGGAUCGGGCUGCGGCGUUGGGGAUCCCGAUCACGAUGCCUGAGGAUGCGGAAAGCGAGGAGGAUGAGAGGAUGGAGUCGUAG